AUGGAUGAAUACAUUGAUGCAAAUAAUGAGCAAUUUGUAUUUAUAUUGUGUUAUGUUGAUAAUAAUGGACACGUGAUUGAACGAGUUAUAGGUCUUGAACAUGUUACUAGUGUCAAAGCACUGUUCCUUGAGACAUCGCUUGAUAAGCUAUUUUCUAGAUGUGGACUGAGUAUGUCUAAGUUACGGGGGCAAGGUUACAAUGGGGUUUGUAAUAUAAGAGGUGAAUUUAACGAUCUUAAAACUCUCAUUACGAGGGAGAGUGAAUGUGUCAGUAUGUUCACUGCUUUGCUAAUCUACUUCAAACGGUUCUUUUUAACUGUUGCAAGUAAUUAUCUUCCAGUUGAAGCUCUCUUUAGUACAGUUCGUAAAAUGAUGAAUGUUGUUGAAGCCUCAGUACAUCGUGAUAUCUUUUGGGGAAAACAAGCUCUUACAGAUAAUCAAGCACUUAACAGUAAAUGGGCUUUCAAAUAUGCAACUUCAAGGCUAAACAACCGUUUCGAUGAGGUGAAUUCUGAAUUGCUUAUUUGUUUGACAUGUCUUUCUCCAAGCAACUCCUUUGCUGCUUUUAAUAAACAAAAGUUAUUGCGCUUUGCUGAAUUUUAUCCAAAAGAAUUCUCUAGAUUAGAGCUUAUGGCACUUGAAAUGCAACUUGAGACUUAUGUUAUGGAUAUGCGUCCUAACAUUGAGUUUUUGGGAUCGAAAGGGAUCAGUAAUCUUGCUGAAAGAGUGGUUGAGCCUAGGAAAGAUAGCGUGUAUCCAUUAGUUUAUUUGUUGGUGACAUUAGCCUUGAUUCUACUGGUUACUAGUCCCACUAUGAAAAGAGCAUUUUCAACACAGAAGAUUGUAAAGGAUCGACUGCAAAAUGAGAUUGAAGAAUGGAUAAUUGAUAAUUUAGUUUAUAAUCCAGCUCUAAAACCUACGAUUGGUAUCAAAGCCAUCCUUGAUCUUUCGGGACCAAAAACACCAUAUGUGAGCUUCCUCAUGGCAUUAAACCCAACUCCACUUUCUCCACCUAUCUUCAACGGUGAUCAGUUCCAUGUUUGGGCUGUCAAGAUGAAGACGUAUUUGAGAGGCCAUGGUUUGUGGCAAUAUGUGGAGGAGGAGAGGCAAGUUCCACAGCUUGGACCAAACCCAAUGCUGAACUAG